AUGGUGGUUCAUAAUAGGUGGGACUCACUGAGGGAUGUAAAAUCAAAGAAAGGAAAAGAUGCCACGGCUAUUGUAUUGAAUCCAACCUUCUGGAAGGAUGUGAAGCUAACCGUGAGUGUUUUUGAGCCACUGUUCAAAGUUCUCCGCUUGGUUGAUGGGGAUGUGAAACCAUCCAUGGGUUUCGUUUAUGGAGAAAUACUAAAGGCAAAGAAAGAGAUCAAGGAGUCCUUGGGCAAUAAUGAGUCUCGGUUCAAGGAGCAAUCUUUGAUGAGCCCAGAAGGAUUUAUUAGUUGUGUGGAGACCUUCUACUAUCAUGAUGAAGAUAAGCAAGAUCAGGCUGCCCAUGUUGACCUGAGAAAGUUUCAAAACAGGGAAGGACCAUUUAGCAAGAAGCUGGCAAGGACUUUCCAAAAUUUUGAUUACAACCUAGGUAGAGCAUCAUGGUGGCGGCUGUAUGGAACUGAAGUACCAGCCUUACAGAAGAUGAUACACACUAAGAAGAGAAAUAGGCUUACUACAACACGUCUCAACAAGUUAGUCUACAUUCAGUUCAACUCCAAGCUGCUUAAUAAGAGAGAGAAAAUCAAGUCAAAGAAGAUCAUUGAUGUUCUCUUGUCUAAUGAUACAACUGAAGCUCAAGGAUUUUUGCAUGAGAAUGGAGAUGAUUCUGCAUUAGUGGUCUAUAGAGAUGAGGAGGAGGAAGAAGAGAUGGAAGGUACUGGGAUACCUUGGUCUGUUCUUGGAGAUGCAGUGGGAGCAGAAGAACAACUUCAGCUGCGUAGGAGUGCUAGAGUGAGAGAGCUCUAUGAAGGAGAAGAGUUUGAAUCUGAUAAAGAAGAGUUUGAUGAAGAUGAGGAUGACUACUUGGAACCCUAUUGA